AUGGAGCCGCUGGAGGCCAACGGCAGCUGCAGCAACGGGUCUCUGGUCACGCUUUCCUGCCUUUCUCACCGGGUUGUAUGCCAGGUGGUCAAUGAUGCUGACCUAGUUGCCUCCAACCAUGACAACAGGACUUCAGAUGACUUCUGGGUAACUCAGCUGGAAAGCAAUUAUGGAUUCUACAUUGGUUUGGGCUUGGCUGUCUUCUCCAGCUUUCUUAUUGGAAGCAGCGUCAUCCUCAAGAAGAAGGGGUUGUUACGACUGGUGGAGAAGGGAGGCACCAGAGCAGGAGAUGGCGGUCAUGGCUACCUGAAGGAUUGGCUCUGGUGGGCUGGGUUGCUAACCAUGGGUGGAGGGGAAGCUGCCAACUUUGCUGCCUAUGCCUUUGCUCCUGCAACUAUUGUCACACCGCUGGGGGCCCUGAGUGUGCUCAUAAGUGCCAUCCUGUCUUCCUAUUUACUUGGAGAACGGCUAAACUUGCUGGGAAAACUAGGCUGCAUGUUGAGCAUUGUGGGCAGCACGGUGAUGGUGAUCCAUGCCCCAGAGGACGAGGAAGUGACAACUCUGGAUGAAAUGACUUCAAAGCUAAAAGAGCCAGGUUUCCUCGCUUAUGCUGCGAUCCUCUUGGCAGUUUGCCUCCUCCUGAUCUUCUACCUUGCUCCUCGCUAUGGCCAGAGCAACAUCCUCAUCUACCUCACCAUCUGCUCUCUUAUUGGGGCCUUCUCCGUGUCAUCAGUCAAAGGCCUGGGUAUUGCCAUCAAAGGCUUCUUUGCUGGCCGACCUGUGCUGAAGUACCCAUUGACUUGGAUCCUGGUCAUCACACUGGUGGCAUCCAUCACAACACAAAUUAACUACCUCAAUAAGUCUCUAGACAUUUUCAGCACCUCUUUGGUGUUUCCCAUCUACUAUGUGCUGUUCACCACCAUUGUCAUCACAACAUCUAUCAUCCUCUUUAAGGAGUGGGUGACCAUGACUCUAGUGGACAUCAUUGGGACAGUUUGUGGCUUCCUCACCAUCAUUUUGGGGGUUUUUCUACUCCAUGCCUUCAAAGACAUGGAUGUCAACUUAGGGAACCUGCCACAGGUCCUCCAGAGUGGAGAGCAGGUACCAGUCACUCAAGAUGAUAAGAACAUUCUGAUAGAUGUGGACAACGCCAGUAUUGUUCCAGAGGAUAAACCCAAAGUAUUCAUGAUCUACAGCUAG